AGUUCAUCAGUCGUAGUUCGAACGCAGUGAUCUACACUUCGAACCCCUCAAGACCAUUCAAAGCACCAAGCCGUUGUCAUUUUGUUACAUCUCAUAACCGUCUACAAUCAUAAUUGAUUCAUCGUCGAUUCUACAUACAUAUUCUGAGGUAUAUAGGUAUGUACACUGGACUGAUCUCAAGUGUUUGGAGUUCAAAAAAAGGAGAUGCUUUUUUAUCAUCAGUAUAAAACUGUAUGAGACGUCUCUUCAGUAUAUUUUACAAUAACCGUGUCGGCCAUAUCGAUCAAAAUCGCUUAAAUCGGCUAUCGAUUUUACCAUGUACAAUUUAUUAAUGUGUACUUAUGUUUCUAAGAUUUAUUUUAUUUUUUUUUUGCACAUAAAAAUUGCAUAGUCUCUCACUAGGUGGUGUCAAGUCUUCGAAGUUCAUUUUUUAUUUUUAUUUUUUUUUUUAUUUCGGACAAAUGGAUUCGACUGCGUCAGAACUUUGCGAUGUUUGAUCGAUAAACCAGUAACUAUACGGGUUUGGGGACGCACACCCGCAGUGACCAAAGCAAUCAGAAUAUGUUUCAGUUUAACGUGUACCUACACGACAAUUUAACAUGUCCAACGCAACGGUACCGACGUUUACAAUCACGACUUCAAAUGCAACAACGACCACUUCGGUUGUCACGUCGUCGUCAUCGUUGGUACAACCGAACACCUCCAUGGCUGUUGGAGUAAGUACACAGUCGACUACCGUGGCAUUGUCGUCAUCGACGUCGACUUGCACAGCUGCAGCCAUAGCCGAUGCUUUUGAUAUAUUCGACCAUAGUGGCAAUAGGACCAUCGAUGUACGUGAACUGGGUACAGUACUCCGUUAUUUAGGUUAUGUACCGUCACAGGCCGACCUGAGGGAACUUGCGGUAAACGUUGAAGACCACGAAGCGACUGGUACUGUACAUCUAGCUGCAUUUUUACCAUAUGUCGAAAACGCCAUUAGCGAAUACAAAUAUCAGCCAGCGUCGGCGUCGGAAUUACUUAGCGCGUUUCGAGCAUUGGAUCCUGAACGGACCGGCACCAUAAGCCGCGAGUGCAUGGAAUCAGCGCUCCGACAUGACGGAGAACCGUUUGAAGACGAAGAAUUAGAGGAAAUGAUGUCUGCCGCUGCUGUAGAAACGGCCACCGGUACCACAGUCAUACCAUACGAACUCUACAUCAAUAAAAUCUUGGUGACAAAAUGGGAUACAGAACAGUAUGGAAGUAACACCACAACUAUAACUACUACUAGCUCAAAAAUAUCGAACAAAAAAAAUUCAUAAUAAUUAAAAGUCAAAUCGAAUACAAGUAUUUUGUAUCAAAUUUUAUUAACAAAUAAUUUUUAGGUUUAUUUAUUAGUGUAUACUGAUAAUUUUUAAAAAUUAUAUUCGUCAAUGACAAUGCACCUAUAAUAAUAUAAUAUUUAAAUGAAAAUAUUUAUAAUUAGCACAUUUUCAUGAUUUUGUUUGUUGAUUAUUAGUGAUUAAAGUAUUAUAUUUUAUUACUAGAUCAUAAUGAAUAUUAAUAGAUAAUUAAAUUGUAUAAGUGAUUACCCAUUAAUAACUUGAAUUUUUUAAUGACUAGCAAUUGUUUACUCUCAAACUUUUAGUUAUUGAAAGUCGUUUGUAUUAUACUAUUACACAAGUCGUGUGGUAUAAAAGUACUACACAGUAUAGUAUACUAAUGGUAAGUUAUAAAUAUUUUUUAUUCGUGUUUUACAUGAAUUGUAAAAUUUUUCUUAUUUUGUUUUCUCUCCUUGUAUUUAAUCUUGAAUAUAAUAAUAAAUAGAUAGUUUUAAUUUAUAAACGUAAUAACACUAUUUAUUUUCAGUGUUUCUCGUACAGCUAUACAAAUCAUAAAACUUGUUUUUCUAUUGAUGAAGUACCAAGUCAAAUCAAACGGGAAUGAAUGCUUGUUUAGGGAACACGUUUCGAGAGUGACGUCGACGGAGCCUCAUAGUCAAGCUGGUCGCGUUCAAUGGCGUUAACUAUACCAAAAAAGAACAAAUCUAUAGGACGAUAUAAUACAUAGUUACUGUAAAAUAACGUAACAAACGUGUGGGUUAAGGCCGUAGAAAAGGUGUUACGUACGUAGGGAACACGUGUGACGCUAAUAAUUAAUGGACGUCAUUACAACUACUAAUAAUGGCGUGCUAAUCGAAGUAGCACAUGGCGUAUUUUGAUUGGAAGCAGUCGAUUAUGGUUUGAAGUGUUCAACGUGUUCGACCACGGGUGAUUGGACGUGAAAAUUUCAACAAAAGACAUCAAUCGAUUGUUAGUACAAGAACGACUGUGCCGACUUACAACUUGACCUACGAUCAUCACCUAGUACAACUUGUAUUGGAUAUUUUAUAUUUUAUAUAAUAUGAAAUAGCUAAAAAACCGAAUACCUUAAUAUAUUCUCGUUAAAACGUUGAAGUCGAGCGGCCAUAUUUUGACAAAAGUGCAAUGCUUACAAAAUAUAAAUUGAUUAAAAAUAUACAAAUGACAAAUGUGAAGUAUAAAAUAUAGUUGUUGAUACUGGUGCAUAAUUCCGCAUACUGUGUUCCACCAUCAAGUUUUCUCCACAUGCUUAGUUUAUUGGUAGAUUUUCUUUUGCCAUUAGAAAAUCGUAUGUCAUUUCGGUUCUUAGACCAUUCGAAAAGACUACAUUUCCACCAGUUGUUUGUGCAGAAUCAACAUCUUCAUUAUUACCUUUACCAAUGUAUGUGAGUCAUACAAUUCCCAUUUAAGAAAAGAUGUUUAUUAAAAAAAAAAACACACACAUAUUUAUAUGGCUCAAUAUUAUGAUGCAGUUUUAAACUAAUGUAAAUUGUUAAACAAGAAGUAUUUAUAAUCUAAAAAAAACGAAAAAAUCUAUAAUGAAAUUUAUCAUUGCAUAGCUGUAUACGAAAAACGAAUCUGAACGGAGAUGAUAUGUCAGCCUAGGAUACAUUUUCCAGUGAAUAGUGAAAAAGAUAAUUUUUUUUUAAUGACGUGAAUACACUAAAAUUUAAGUUUUUUAUUAUUAUUUUAAGUCAAACUUUGGAAAAUCUUGUAUUAAAUUUUUAACUCUGUUACAUAUUUACAUACUAAAAAUAUUUCUUUUUAUUAUUGUUAAUAUUUAAAUUUCAAAUUUUAAUAAAAGAAAAAUUGUGC